UCAUGGCUCGCUGCAGGAGUUACUUGCGAGGACUCGACAUCUGUGUCACUGUGCUGCUUCUGGUGUCUGGUGCUGUGAUGAUCGGCGUCGGCUUUUCCACCAUCGACAGCAGCGUACCCGUCGCCCAGUUGUUCGAGCAGCUGGCCAGUGGUGGUGGUUUACUGGUCUUGCAGGUGUUUGGCCCUCUAACUGUGGUUUUAUCUGUUUUGGGCAUCUGUGCUGCAUCUUGGGACCAUAAACCUUCGCUGCUGGUGUUUUCGGGCCUGAUAUUCGUGGAGUUCGUGGCUCUGAUGGUUGUUGCCUCACCGCUGGUUCAGGUUCAAGCUCAGAUGGACAGCGCUGUGGACGAGGUGUUUCUCAACGUGACUCCUCUUCACAGAACAGAACUUUACAUCCAGCAAGAACUAAACAAACUUCAGACUUCGAAUUCUUGUUGUGGUUUGAGGAGUUUUGAUGACUGGGACAAUCAUCUUCCUGACUCCUGUUUCUGCACGCCUCCCACUCCCUCCGCCUCCACGGCCACCCAGCAGCAGGGCUCUCAGGCCGGUAACUCCAGCUCAGAGUGUGUCCUGACCCCACAGGUCACAAAUAAAGUGUGGGUCCACUCCAAGCCCUGUGGUCCCAUCUUGAAGAGCCACUUGAGCUUCCCUAUCAAACUCAGGAUAGGAAUCAUUUCAGCCUUUGCCACCAUUGCGAUGACGGCUAUUGUUCUGUCCUUGUUGUUGGGUCUGGAGGAAUACUGGAAGAAGCCGCCCGUAGAAACAACAGUCGACGAUUUUAACCGAGUGAAAUACGAACCCAAACCCUCCAUGACCUGACCUCUGACCUCUGACCCCUCGCCUUAAUGCUAAGCAUCAAUAUGCACUGCAGGUGAUUCAUAAAA